AUGACGUUUAUUGACAGGAGCUCUUUGUUAUCGUUCCGAAUAUUAUUUUAUAAUUUUACAAGAUUUUCGAAAUUCUCGUGUUACCGUGCAGUCAAAUUUCAUAUGGAUAUUAAACAUGAAGUGAAAUCAAACAUGGAAAUCGUUAAUGUACCACCAAUUAUAUCAACAUAUCGCCAGGCACUUCGCACCUUUGAUGACAAAUUCAAAAAUGAACUCUCGACCAACUUAGGUAAACUAAAAUCGAUGAUGGACAAAUUAAAAGCCGAAGAUUUGGGCUUCGACCAGACUCUGGGGUCGCCAGAUCGGUGGAGGAAGCCAGAUAAAGCGCCGUGUACGUACAUAGAAGUAUUUCAAAAUAGUAGAAUAAAUAUGAGUAUUUUUGUUUUGAAACCGGGCUUCAAGAUGCCUUUGCACGAUCACCCUCACAUGCAUGGUUUGUUGAAAGUGAUUGCGGGUGCCGUGAGGAUUAGGAGUUUCACAGAGUACCCAUUAAAAGAGGCUGUGAACGAAUUAGAUUUUGCUGCUCGCGCGAAACAUGAAGCAGCGAGAUUAGCUCAAGGUUUUCAUAAACGUAGAAGAUUAUUUGCGAAAGUUUCGCAGAACAAAAUCUGCGCCGCGAAUGCAUCCACUUGUAUAUUGACCCCUACUAUAUCAAAUUACCAUGAAAUAGAAGCUUUAGAAAUGCCAGCAGCAUUUUUCGACAUCCUUUCUCCACCAUAUGACACAUUAAUCAAAGAUAUUGGCCCAAGGAGAUGUCGCUACUAUGAUGUGGUCAAUGAAGUGAGUUCUAAUGUAGUAGAAUUGCAGGAGACUGAAGUGCCAAAAUGUUUCUAUUGUGAUCAAGCACCAUACUUAGGGCCAAUUCUUUCUUAGGUAUAAAUGUAUUUAUUGCUAGGUAGAUUUGCAAAUUCAGUAGGUAUAGUGUGUGGGGACCAUUUUCAUGUUUUUAUUAUGUUAUGCUUGCAAUAACUGCAAACAUGAGUUCCUUUAAAUAUAUUUUGAGUAACUUAUAUUUGUAGUACUGCUAGGUACUGGAAGUAAGAUAAUAAAUUUAAUUUUACUAAUAUGGUAGUUACAUAACCAUAAUAUUGAUGUGUCACAGGUAUUGUACAAUAAAAAGUAAAAAUGAACAACUUUUAUUGGCCAUUGUUUAACUUUUAUAGCUUGUUUACAAAACUGUUCAGUUGUGACUUCUUAAUACAAACACCAAGGUCAAACAUUAUAAUGAAAAUAAGACAUAUUUUGCCAUUAAAAUCAAAUGUAAGUCAGCCAUUUCCAAAACAUCAUUAUAUACAAACAGUAUUAAACACUUGUAAGUAUUGAAAAUGGUCUGCUCAGACAAAAAUAUGGGAAUGUUAAAAUUAAGAGGAAUGUACUAAUUCCUGAUAGCUUGAAUUUGACCCUUUCUCUAUAAUUGAUAAUCAAUCAGUGUAAUAAUUGCUUUCCCUACUCUAAAACAGGAUUUUCUUCUCAUUUUAAAUUUACUUCAGAGCAUUAAUUUACUUAACUUUUCUUGUGAGAAAUCACAGGUAGCUUGUUUAAUAGAAACAAUUUCUCGAAUUUUAAAAAUCUCUUUAAAAUAUGCUUACAUACAUACUCUUCCUGUCCCUGUACCUACUUCAUGGAAACUUAUUUUAUGUCAAAUUCAAAAUUCUUUAUUCAACUUAGGAUAAUAUUUACAGUUGCAAUCUAGCAAGCAUUACUAUCGUUUUUUAUGAUAGUCAUAAAAAUUCGAGAUUUGUGUGUGUUAUUUUAUUUUGAAUUUUACAGUUCUCUUCAAAAAUAGAUGUUAUGGUAGUCAGUAAUUGGUAGUUGGAUAGUAAAUAUGAAGGUGGUUGUGCCUACAUAUAUUUUUGCUAGCAACAGUAGCAAUAGCUCUCAGAAACAGUAAUGCUUGCUUGAUCACCACCAUACACACUUAUUAACAUCAUAAAUUUACAUAAAACAAGUCUACUGUGAACUUGAAAGCACAGGUGAAGAUGAAACGACACAACAAUCUUCACCGCAGCCUUUUCUACAAAGAUGUCAAUUAACAAAUGUGGGUUUUAUAAGUAUGUAAACAAAAACAUGUAAUAUCUAUGUUUGUGAUGUGAAAAAUAUGGAGUAAAGAUACUCAGCAUGCUCAUUGGAUAAAAAUACAUUUUAAAUUCUGUGAAUAGUUUAUAGAUGAUCUAGUUAUGUGUAUUUGUACAGUGGACAUAGUGACUGAAUUGUGUAUUUUCCAUUGUAAUGUAGAGAAAUAUACUGUUAUAAAUGAUAAUAUCUAUAUUUACUAAUACCAAUAUGAUAUUUUAUAGUGCAAAUUUUUAUGUGCCUUCAAUGUAACUCAAUACCAAAAUACCACCAUAUUAACCAUAUGUUACCAUAUUAUAUAACUGUAAAGAAAAAUUAAAUAAUCAAUACUAAUUCACUUUAACUUUCCCGUUAAACUAAAUACCUAGUUAAGUAGUUCAAUUGAUAGUUUACAACCAUUUAUAUUCAUUUAUACCUAUAUGUAUUAUAUAUUAAUGAUAAGUUCUUUAUAAAAAUGUUUUAUUCCUCUGAUACUUCAACAAUAGUGUUUCCUUCCCAAAAUAAUAGGAAUACAAGAUCCCUGAGACAUUCCUAUUAUGAUAGCAUUUAUUAUGAAUACGAGGAUAAAUUAAGUAAAAAGUAAUAUUUGUACCAUGAUCUACUACUGAUCCUUGAGUUAACUAUAUUUACUUGAGUACAUUCAUUGAUGAAAACCAUUAUAUUAAAAUAAUGUACUACACCUACCGGUAUAGAGAUUGGCUGGCACGGUGUUGUCUUUGAGUCAAAGUUGAGUCACUAAUUAGAAAAAUCCUAAAACUUGGUAAAUUUUAAAUUAAGAUAAUAACAAUCAUUUGUGUAGUUAGCACAAGUUGACGUUGUUAUUAAAAAAAUGAUCUCUGAUAUAUUUUUAUAAUCACACAUAGUUAUGCUCUAAUGUUUUAAGUAGCUGAAUAUAAAUAUAAAGAAAAACUAUUUUUAAUCAUCCAAUUAUUUCAAUUACGAAUUAUAAAUAAAAUUUUGUGAAAUUUUCAAUUACGAAACAGUUACUUUUUAAGAAAAUAAGCGAACUUUAAUCAUGUAAGUUUGUUCCAUCUAUAUUAUGUUUUUGUUAAUAAAAAUGUAAAAAAAUCUC